AUGCUGGCAGGGACAUCGUCAUCAAGCAAUGCUGCUAAUUUGUUCCCUGUAGGGCAUUCAUCAUCAUCAGGUCAUGUUGUUGUUGGUGGUGGAGGUGUUUUAUCGUCAUCAUCAGCAUCAGCAUCGAUGGUUGUAGGAACAACAACAACCAAUUCUACAACAACAUCAGGAGUAGCAAAUAAUAUGAAACCGUGUUAUUAUACAUUCUUUUCUGAUGAUUGUACUUCUCCUCUUCAACAACAACCAUCAAAAUCAAAAUUUCCAUCAUCUCCGAAUUCUAGUGGUAGUGGUGGAUCAGUUCCACACUUUAUUAGUAAACAAGAGAAGGAAAGAUUAAAAUUAAAUGCUAAAAAGACUGUUAGUUUGGCUUUCAUAGGAAUGGGAAAUCAUAAGGCUAUUGAUAUUACAAAUCAAGUUUUAAAAAAGCAAGUAUUUUACGACAAAACUAAAACAAAUACUGUGCCGAAUAAUCAGCCAACAAACACAUCAACAAAAUCAACAUCCGAAAAUAGUGGAUUUGUUAUUUUAAAUAAUGUUGUAAAUUCCAAUAUCUCCGAUCAACAAGGUUCCACUCCAAGAAAACAACAUCAAAUAUCUAUUGAUUCUUACCAUGAUGUGGAUCAAAAUAAGGUUUAUUUAUUUGCUGACCUUAUGCAAACACCUGAACAUUGUAAAACAUUCACUGAACAAUUCUUACCUUACAAAAUGUCAACAGUUGGCCAAACAAAUUCUGGAUAUCAAAAUAUCUUGACACCAAACACCAAUCAUUCCUUUGAUUUGGAGCAUGCUAUUGAUUUUGAAAGAGUUUUACAAACUCUCUUAUUUUUAUUCCAAACAUCACAUAUGAUUUUCUUUAUUUUACCUUCAUCUCAAAAUAGUGGCAGUGUUUGUUCAAGUCUUCACCAAAAUUUACUUUCUUUAUUCAGAGUUUUACAAAUUAGUAAGCAAUAUGUUAACUCAAAGGUUUUGGACGUAAUCCAUCAAGAAAAAUCACAAACUACACCAACAAAUCCAACCAAUGAGAAUCCGACUAUGAAGAUGAUUAACACUAUUCUCACAAGUCCAGUCAUGUUGUCACUAUAUAGUCCAGGAAGAGUUUUACCUGUUAUUUCCUUUAUUUUCGUUCAGGAAAGAGAAAAUUGGAAUAAGAUGGCCAGUUUAUGUGAACAACAAAAAUUAAAUGUUGAUGAUGAAUUGGACGAAUACAUGCUGAACAGAAUGCAAAAUGGAGUUGAAAAUCAAGUGAGGAAUCAUAUUUUAAAGAAGGGAAAGUUCUCGGGUGUAGAUUCUAUCAAGACACCUCUUUUCAUGAUGGAUCCAAACACUUGCACAUUUGUAAUUGUUGAGCCUGAAGAUUCAGAAAUUUCUCCAUUCGGAACAAAGGUUUCUCUCGAACAUUCAAGAAAGGCCCUCUUCUCCUUAAGUGAUAUUUCUGAUAGUGAAGCUCUUCAAAAAUCUAGUAUCAACUCUAGAGCCCAUCACAAAUCAAAAAAGCCAUCAGAUUCUGCUCAAAGCCGUGAAACUUAUAUUGGUGUCAACAAGAUUGCUGGUUUCAUUCAAAAGCAAUUGGAUUAUUUUACCAAGCAAAUGCAAGCUGGUAAAAGAUUUAUCUUGCCAACCUCAUUGAAUUGGUAUCAAGCAACUUUUGCAUUUGAAGAAUUGUUUUCUCUUAAUAAUGAGGAAUUGCAAAAGAUUUUAGUAGACAAGACAAAGGAUAUUAUCCAUCCAAACUUUUCAUUCUCUGACAAGCGUUGCUCUCAUGCGUUCAAGAUAGCUACAGAUCACUUCUUGCAAAAGGUACAAGCUUCUCAAUCUACAAAUGCAAAAAUGAUUGAGUUGGUCAAUGAAACAAUUUCCAAGUACAAGACUUUUGCUUGUGGAUAUUUCUCCUCUCACUAUAACCAACAACUUCAAACUUUCCUUCAAGCAAACACUCCAAAGCCAUCUCAAACACAACCUCAAAAGUUCGUUCCUUAUCAAUUUGUUACUGGUUGUCCAAUUUCACAAAUUUCUAUUCAAAAAAUUGGUGAUUAUACUUCUAUGAAUGGAAGAAAUGGAGCUAUCAGAAGAGGAAAUCAAAUUAUUAACUUUAUUCAAGUACAUACCAUGUUAUCUAGAGAUAGAUACCAAAAGAGAAAGAAGAAAAAGCCAACAAAUAACCAAGAAUACGCCCAAGAUACUGAAGGAAAUGAUACAUUCUUGAUUGCUUUUGAAUAUGAAACUCCAAGAAAGGAAUAUGUUCUUAAUCUUGAUCAAUUGACUCAAUUAUUCAAGCAAACUCAUCCUACUGAAGGUCUUGUCAGUGCUUUGGAUAUGAUUCAAAAAACCAGUAUCCCUCUCUUCCUUCCUUCAAAUUGGUUCUUAUCUGACAAGAAAGGAUCAUUUGCCAGAUUGAAGCAAAUCACUAUUGGAAUUCCAGAUGCUGAUUUGACAAAUACCAUCACCUUCUCACCUAAAAUUUCUGUUCCUGUAAAGCAAGAAGGACCAACACCUGCCACCACUAUUGUAGCUCCAAAGAUUUUCCCUCUCUGCAACAUCAAACAAGGAAUUGUUUUUGGAAGAAAUCAAUUUUUAACUAUUGAUAUUGAUUAUGAUAGUAACCAACUUAACAAUUAUGAAGAUGUUACUCAAUUAUUCCUCUACUCAAAUUCUAUUCAAAUCAACUAA